UCUUAUCCAAGGUGUGGUCUUUUAUUAACUCAGAUGUUCUGCCAGUUCACACCCACUGGACAACCAGGGACAAGAUGUGACAUGGAAACAUGUGGUGUAAGUAGGAGCAGAAGACAUGUAUCUAACCUGAACAUACCUGGAACUUGACACUUUUAAGCAAAUUCCUCCUCUCCACUCUCGAGCUGCCUCCAACUCAAUGAAGCUUGGAUGUCUCACCAGCUUGAUACCCUCUGAAUUUGCAGGCAGUGAUUCUGGAGUUCUAUCACCCUCUUCCUAGGACCUUUCUCCACAUCAGUCAUGGUCUUGGUCUCCUAACUGUGUCCUGGAACCUGGGCACUAAGCUUUGCAUAAACAAGCAGUUUCUUCAUGAUAUACAUGUGUGGAUAGUCCUGAAACACUCAUCAAGAGGGUAUAUGCAAUUGACAUAGAAUGACCAACACCAAACAGAAUUUUAAGAACAGAGGGACAACUCCUGUGGAGCUCAAUGACUUACUACUAUUCUUUCAGAAAUGGAAAGUAAAAUUAUUUUUGACUGAAGAAAAAUGAUGCAAGUAAAAACACAGAUAUUUACACAGAACAAGCAACUUUCCCUGUAACCUGCCUCCAAAGAAAACAAGAAUUUCCGGGGAAAUGAUAACAGUGGCUAAUGCAUAGUUUCUAAACUUUCAGUCAGAUCCUGGCCUUUGAAGAAAGAAUAAUGAGUGGGGUCAGGAUGGUUCAGCCUGAAAUCUCAAAAUGAUGAUGAAACACAACUCUCUGGGAGACAUCCAUGUUUCCUGUGACAUAAGAACCUAUGUGCUCAGUCGCUCAGUCAUGUCUGACUCUUUGCAGCCGCAUGGACUAUAGCCCGCCAGGCUCCUCUGCCCAUGUUUCCUGACUAUGCUACAAUUGUGGUUUGGAAGAGGCUGUUAUGGGAGCAACCUACAAAAAAAAAAAAAGAAAAAAAAACUGUGGAAUACUCGUGUGUUGGGUGGCAGUAAAUAAGAUGAAGUCUGAGGAGUCAGGUCCAUCGUUCCCUAUUCUUGGAGGCAUUUUGAGGUGUAGUUCCACUUCUGUUGCCUUUUGCCCCUGUGUCAUCAUAUAUCUACAGCCAAUAAUGGAUCACAGAGUCAUUGGAGUAGAGAGCUGGAAGGGCGUUUAGAAAUAAGGCCCAAAGAUUAGACAAUAUAUCUGACAUUUAUAUAUAUAAAUGUCAGAUAAAUAAAAGAAACUAGUCCAAGUCCUUUUCCUCCCUUUCCUUUUCCAGGAGACUACUUUGGGCUGCCAGAACACUGUAUCAAACCUGCUACCUAUCUUAGGGCCUAUCUUUCUGAUGGGAUUUUGAAGGCCCUGGCAGAAAUGGUCUUCCAGAAACAGAGGAAACUAAAAUUUUAUUUAUUUAUUCUUGAGAGCAUGAUUAUAAAACAGAUUGAGGUAAACUGUAACCUCAGAAUGAGGUUGGAUUUAAAUUUAUAGCAAUAAGUAUGAUCCAUCCAUUCAGCUGUCUGUGUGAUUGCAAUAUGUAUAUUCAUCCACUGAAACUAUUUGCUAGGUACCAACUAAGUGCCAGGUACUGCAGAUGUACAAGUCAAUCAAAUGCUUUCUGUCCUGGUGGAACUCACAGAAGCAAUUAGAGGAAGACAUAUGUGGGAACAAACAAAAAAAGUAGUUUUUUUUUCUUUAGUACUAUCAGGUUACAAAGGAGAGAGAGGUCAUUUCUACCUGAGGAGAUGAAGAAUGGGGUCAAGAAAGGCAUUGUAGGAAAAGUAGACCGAAGCUAAGGCUCAGAAAUGAAGUAGGGGUGUCCAGGCUGCUUCAGGCAGAGGACACACUGAGCUGGGACACAAGCAUGAAACAGCAUGAGGAUUUUAAGGCACUGAAUGUAAUUUGUAAUGAGCAAAAGACUCAAGGGAGACUUGGCAAGAAAUGAGGCUGGAUGGAAAGAUAGGUUCAAUGUAAGCACUUUAUAGAAUACUUCUGUUUAAUUUCUGAUUCAAUUAAUCAAAUUUUCUUGGUCAUUUAUUGUGUGUAAGGCACCAAGUACAUCACGGAAAAUUGAUCAGGAUGUGUUGCAAGCACUUUGCAGACAUGACAGUCUUUACCCUCAAGCUUCCCUGUGGCCAAAGGAAAAUAGUGACUGCUUUUCAUAUAUUUGUGUCAGAGUGUUUUGACGUGGUCAUUGAAGACUGAUGUGAGGGCAGUGGGAUUUUCACAGAAGCAUUCCAUGUUGUCAAGAGCCUCUGGGACUUUCUCAACUGUGAAAAAGAAAACUGGAAAUUUUGGAAGACAUGGUGUCCGCAGAGGGGACCCCCAGCACUAUCCAGUCAGGGAAAUUGAGAUAUGCCAACAACAGCAAUUACAAAAAUGAUGUCAUGAUCAGAAAAGAGGCUUAUGUACAUAAAAGUGUGAUGGAGGAACUGAAGAGGAUAAUUGAUGACAGUGAAAUUACCAAAGAGGAUGAUGCCUUGUGGCCUCCUCCUGACCGAGUGGGCCGGCAGGAGCUUGAAAUUGUCAUUGGCGAUGAACACAUUUCUUUCACAACAUCAAAAAUUGGUUCCCUUAUUGAUGUCAAUCAAUCCAAGGAUCCAGAAGGCUUACGAGUAUUUUAUUAUCUUGUCCAGGACCUGAAGUGUUUGGUCUUCAGUCUUAUUGGAUUACACUUCAAGAUUAAGCCAAUCUAGAUGGAACAUUGGUGUGGACACAAGGGGGGUGGGAGUGCUGCUUUUAAUUACCAUUAUCUAGACAUUUUUGUGUAUAUCAGGGCAAUAUUUUUUUUAUAAACUAUAAAUGAUUGUCUUUGAUAAAUACAUAACAAAAUGCAAUUUUUUUUAUUUUAUAAAGACCUGAACAUGUGAA